AUGUUGGCAGUCAAAACAGGAAACAUGACAACGGCAAACAUGAUCUUGAAAAGCAUACCGUUACAAGAGUGUUCAAUAUCAUACUUCAAGAAUAAUUAUCAAAAGUUUAGUAAUCGCCACUUUGUUGGGUUUGUGAAAAAUGCUCUUGGUAUGGAACCACCACCAUCUCCCAAUGAACCGGCAUUUGAGAAUAGAUUCCAUCCAUGGGAUCAAUCGCCUUCACCAGAUUUGCGUGAAAGAGCUGCUAGAAUUAGAGCAUUAGCUAAAUGUCCAGUGACAGGCAAAGAAAUCAAUUAUACAUGUCCUAUUUCAGGUAUUCCCACACAUCACUCAAAGGAAGCUUGGGAAAAUGAUACAAAUUAUCAUCAAAAUAAAAUAUACGAUAUUCUUAAGAAAGUUAACGUUUUUGAGCAUGAUUUAAGAAGUGGUAGAUCAUUCCCUGAGUUUGAAUUCCCCCAAAGCCAAGACCAUGAUUGUGCAGUGAGUAUGAAUAAUUGGGAUAUGUUUUUUUACACAAGACAGUUUGUAUCAAUGGAUUCUGAGUUCCAAUUAGCUACAGUCACUAAGAUGUUAAGUUAUCCAAUCACGAUAGCUUCCAUAUUACAUAAAUAUUGUCCAUAUGCUUUAGAACCAAAUGGACCUAUUACUUUAGAGGGGUUGAAGUCAAUUGCUGCUUUGAAAUACAGUUUAAGGCAUAAUGAAUUUGAAACCACCAAGGAACGUCCCAUGAGAAUUUUCAUAUUGGGUGCUAGAGCAGAAAGUCAAUUACCAGAACAUAUAUGGAAACAAUUUAGUUAUUUAUUCCCAUUCCAAAAUUUCGAAAUAAAUUUCAUUGGACCAGAAUGUAGUGUGUUGAUGAAUAACAACAACAUGAACGCUGAGGAAACUAACACUACUACUAGUGGUAGUAUGACGGAAAUAAGACCUAACCGUAUUGUUAAGAGAAUUGAUGAGAGAUUAAAUCUUGUAUAUCAUACCGAUUUCUUCCAUACUUUACAUAAUGCUCGAGAUUUUUUUCCAUAUGAUUCAUAUAAUGAUGUGUUUUUUACUUUCCAUCCAGGGUUUGCAUCACCUGAAAAUACAAAGAGUUGGAUGGGAGAAACUAUGAAGGCAUUAUUGGAUACUAAAUGUGCUAUUUUCACUACAGGAUUCAAUAAGCAGGAUUUAUUAAAAGAUAUUGAUAUUGUACAAGAAACAUAUGGGAAAGAAGUUGAUAUGUUGAUGAAACCAACUAAAAAUGUAUUUGGAAGUACCAAAUGGGAGUUAAACGACAUGGAUCCUCAAGAGGUUUAUCAAUAUAAUAUGUAUAUUGCUGGGUUCCGUGGUAAGAGAUAUCAUGCAGUUAAAGUCUAG